CGCUGCCCUUACUGACACGGCGUGGCACACCGCAACAGUCACUGCAGCAUUCAGUGAGUCUGUGGCAGUUGGCAAUGUUGGCAGCAGUUUUACUUGUUCUCUCUGUGACACUGCAAUCAGUGCUCUGCGGGAAUAAUUACUCCUUCCCGCCUGACUUCCUGUUUGGGGCCGCCACUGCAGCUUAUCAGAUCGAGGGUGCAUGGAAUGUGGACGGGAAAGGAGAAAACAUCUGGGACAGACUGACACACGAUCAUCCGGACUGGAUAGCGGAUGGCCUCAGUGGAGAUGUCGCUGCAGACUCGUACCAUUUAUACAAGGAGGAUGUGAGGGCGCUCAAGGAACUGGGGGUGAAUGUGUACCGCUUCUCAGUAUCAUGGUCACGUGUCCUUCCAACUGGAGGUAUUGAUACUGUAAACAAACCAGGACUCGCUUACUACAACAAUCUUAUCAACGAGCUACUGGCUAACGGCAUAGAACCAAUGGUUACUAUGUACCACUGGGAUCUUCCCCAGCCACUCCAAGACAUUGGCGGGUGGCCCAAUCUGGAAAUCGCUAAUUAUUUCGAGGACUACGCACGCGUCCUUUUCACUCAUUUUGGAGACAGAGUGAAAUGGUGGCUCACGUUCAAUGAGCCCCUGUCAUUUUGUUCUGGAUAUGGUGAGCAGAGGCAAUCUGCCCCUGGCAUCGACGCCCACGGCAUUGGAGAUUACCUGUGUGGGCACACCGUGCUACACUCGCAUGCUAGAGUUUAUCAUCUGUAUGACAAAGUCUUUAGAAAGAAACAGAGAGGUCGUGUGGGAAUUACUCUGGACUCCAUGUGGUCCCAGCCCCGUGACGGCUCUCAGGAGAGUAGAGAAACGGCAGAGAGAGUAAUGCAAUUUCAACUGGGCUGGUUUGCACACCCCAUUUUCAGUUCUGGAGGCGAUUAUCCGUCUGUCAUGAAGGAGAGGAUUUAUAACAACAGUAUGAAAGAAGGUCGCACCAGAUCUAGACUACCGACUUUCAGCAAGAAGCAGAUAAAAUAUAUCCAAGGAAGUUUUGACUUCUUCGGUCUGAAUCACUACUCUUCAUUCUUGGCUGGGCCAGGUACGUUUGGAGAAUUUCCUUCGUUUAUUAGAGAUAUUGGGGCCCAAUUCAGCGUGGAUCCCAGUUGGCCAAGCUCAGCUUCUAUUUGGCUUAAAGUGGUGCCAUGGGGGUUUCGGAAGCUACUCGCAUGGAUAGCGCACGAAUACAACAACCCACCUGUGUUUGUGACAGAGAAUGGGUUUUCCGAUCAUGGGGAACUGAGGGAUGCAAACAGAACCACCUAUUAUACAAGCUACCUAUCUGAACUGCUGAAAGCAAUCCAUGAAGAUGGCUGCAAAGUGAUUGGUUACACAGCGUGGAGCCUUAUCGACAACUAUGAAUGGCUGAGAGGUUACACGGAAAAGUUCGGGCUUUACUACGUGAAUUACAGCGACCCAACUCGACCACGCAUUCCUAAGGAUUCAUCUCGCGUCAUGGCUGAAAUUAUCCGCACGCGUCAUCUUCCACCUCAGAAUUACGUUGAAGAGAGUCGUUUGGAAGCAGAUGUAAAACGCAUUAGCGUGAAGCAGAACCCACAAGACAGGAGUCUCGGUUCACAGAGGCAGAAAACAGACGAUUCUUCGCAACAACUGAACAUGCAACGGGGUGGAAUGGAGCCAAAUGCUAUUCAGGGUUCAGAGGAGGCUGCAGAAGAAUCAGAAGCAGAGAUAGAAAUUCUUUGAGCAUCUGACAAGGCAGCAGCGUCAUUAGAAAUGGUGGUACCUAUCUACCAGAAUACAAGGCACCGCAGCCAAGAAAACCAUAAUCUUAAUAUUCAGCAUAGUGAGAAUUUCAGAUCUCUGGUUUAGUUUGAUUUGUUUCAUUCUGUUCCAUCACAAUAACAAUAUAAUGAAGGAUAA